AUGAUAGAUGAUAGAAGCAUCGAAAAUAAGAAGUUAGAUUUUAUUAGUGACAUGAAUUCAAAAAAAAAAUUAAGUAGAAUAGAAAAUAGCAUUUUGGAAAAGGUUCAUAUAUUACCAAUAAAAAAAAACGUUUCUAAUUUCGCCCCACUUUAUAGUAAAUUAGAUUCUUUAAUUGAUGAGAAAUGUAUUUUACACGAAGGAUUCAUUAUUAGUUUAAAUAAUGCAAAUGCAAAGGAGAAUAUAAAUGGAAAUGUAAAUAAUGAUGAAAGUGAAAAUGAGAAUAAAAAUGAAAAUAUAAAUGAGAAUGUAAAUAAAAUCAAAGAUAAAAAUAUAAAUGACAAUGAAGAGGAAAAUAAAUCUUUAUUAGAAAAAUCAAUGAUAAAAAUAAAAGAAGAUUAUAAAAAAUUAGAUAAUAAUGAAAUUUGUUUAUAUGAUGAUAAAAAAAGUAAAGAUAAACAAUUGAAUGAUAAUAUAGAUUAUGUUAUUAUUGAUUGCAUCCCGUCUAAAGGAGUUCUAAGUCACGAUACACUAAUUUAUACCGAUGGGAAAUAUGUUGAUAAUUUUAAGAAAAUUCAUAUUUUAAUAAUAAAUGACAAAAAUUAUAAAAAAUAUGAAAAAAAACUAAAAAGGAAUUUUUUUUCUUUUAAAAAAUAUAUUUUUAAAAAAAGUAGUGAAUUUUUUAAUGAAGCUAUUUCCUUUAUCCCUUUUGCUUUUGAUUGUUUUUCUCAAAAAUCAAAAAGAAAGAAUGAGUCUAACAAAUUAACAAGAGAUUAUGAAGAAAAAAAAAAAAAAAAAAAAAAUAUAGUAUUGGAAAAAAUUUUAAUUUCUUAUUUAUAUCCUUAUUUUAAAAAAAAUAAAAAUAAAUUAUUUUAUUGCGGAAAAUUAUUUAUUAUAAAUAAUUUCUCAUUUAUAAUUUUAAAAGUUGAUUCAGAUGUAAAUGUUGGCUUUGUAGACGAUCAAACGGAAAUAAUUUUAAAUGUUGAUUAUUAUGAGCAAUUUAGUAAUGUUCAUAUUGUACCAUUAUAUGAUACUUUACCAACUACUUACAAUUAUGAUUUAUUUAUCGAUUACAUCAAGCCAUAUAUAGAAAGACAUUAUUUAAAUUUAUAUUCAAUUUAUGAUACUUUUUUUUAUAAAGGAGUUCAAUUUAAAAUUAUGGGGAUUGAUCCAAUUAAUAUAAAAUAUGGUAAAGCAAGGAUUAGUUGUAACACAUUUAUUUAUAUAGAUGGUUCGAUAAAACCAACAUUUUUUGAUGUCAUAUCAAAAGAAGCAAUUAAUUAUAUAAAAUGCUUGCCUUUUGAAUAUAAACCAUAUGCUAUAUUAAAUAUUUUGCAACAUUUAGAUUCGGAUUCUUUAUUAAGAUUGUUUCCAUCAGCUAAUAUAAAUUUAAGAGAAAAUAAUAAGAAAGAGGAAAAUAUUUUAAAACAGUUGACAAAGCACAAAUAUAUAUUCAUUAAAAAUUUUAAAAAUAAUUACAUAAAUUCCUUAGAAAAUUGUGAUAAGAGUCAAGAAAAUAAUAUAAACAAAAAAAAAGAUAUGUCUAUAAUAAAAAAUAAUUUAAUAGAAGAACAAUGUGCUGUUUGUUUUGAAAAAUUUCAAGAUUACGAUAAAUGUAUAAAACUGAUGUGCUUGCACACAUAUCAUUGGAAAUGUGUAAAAAAUUGGUUUAAAUUUAAUUUAACAUGUCCUUGUUGUAGGUGUAAAUUAAAAUUUUAG